ACCCUUUACAAUGUCACCAGAAUGCGCACGCGCAUAAAACCGUGGCUGCAGCGCGGAUCCAGCGCAAUCGCACGCACGACGCCGCGCCGACACAGCCGUCAGAAUGCGAGUAAUACUGUUCACGUUGGCCGUCCUGGCUGCAUUCACUUCAGCAGAAUCGGACAGCAAAGCGCGUAUAGUAUGCUACUUCAGCAAUUGGGCGGUGUACCGGCCGGGUGUGGGGCGCUAUGGCAUCGAAGACAUCCCAGUAGAAAUGUGCACGCAUAUUAUAUACUCAUUCAUCGGUGUCACGGAGAAGACUAACGAAGUUCUAGUUAUAGAUCCUGAGCUCGACGUCGAGAAGAACGGUUUCAGCAACUUUACAGCCCUGAAGAAAACUCACCCUGACGUUAAGUUCAUGGUAGCGGUGGGGGGAUGGGCCGAGGGUGGCUCCAAAUACUCCCACAUGGUUGCACAGAAGUCUUCGAGAAUGACCUUCGUAAAGAGUGUUGUCGACUUCCUCAAUAAAUACAACUUCGAUGGUCUCGACCUUGAUUGGGAGUAUCCUGGUGCGGCAGAUCGUGGCGGUUCCUUCACAGACAAGGACAGAUUCCUCUAUUUUGUUCAAGAGUUGAGGAGAGCUUUUAUCAGGGAAGGAAAGAACUGGGAAUUGACAGCUGCUGUACCACUAGCUAAUUUCCGGUUGAUGGAAGGUUAUCAUGUUCCUGAUCUUUGCCAAGAAUUAGACGCCAUCCACGUGAUGUCCUAUGAUCUCCGAGGAAACUGGGCCGGCUUUGCAGAUGUUCACUCUCCGCUCUAUAAACGUCCCCACGAUCAGUGGGCUUAUGAGAAAUUAAAUGUGAAUGAUGGUCUUAACCUUUGGGAAGAAAAAGGCUGCCCUUCAAACAAACUUGUCGUUGGAGUUCCAUUCUACGGUCGUUCCUUCACGCUAUCAGCUGGUAACAACAACUACGGUCUAGGAACGUACAUCAACAAGGAGGCUGGAGGCGGUAACCCUGCACCUUACACUAAUGCUACUGGUUUCUGGUCGUACUAUGAGAUUUGCACGGAUGUAGACAAACCGGAAUCAGGGUGGACUAAAAAAUGGGACGAACAUGGCAAAUGUCCUUAUGCUUACAAAGGCACUCAGUGGGUUGGCUACGAGGAUCCUAAGAGUGUUGAUAUCAAGAUGAAUUGGAUCAAAGAGAAGGGCUAUCUUGGGGCAAUGACCUGGGCUAUCGACAUGGACGACUUUAGAGGACUCUGUGGUGAGACUAACCCAUUGAUGAAACUUCUGCAUAAGCAUAUGCGCUCAUAUCGUGUUCCUCCUCCUCGCACUGGCAACACUACACCAACACCUGAAUGGGCAAGACCUCCAUCCACACCGUCCGAUGCAUCCGAAGGUGCACCUAUACCUACCACCACAACUGUUGCACCAGCUGUUCAACCGACCAAGAAACCUGCUACACAAACCACAACCAAGAAACCUACCACACAAACAUCCACCCAGGCUCCAGUAUCGACUGAAGACGCGCCUGACCUAGAGCAGCCACCUGCGGAAAACGAAGUGGACUUGCCCGAAGUAUGCAGCUCUGAAAACGAUUAUGUCCCAGACAAAAAGAGUUGCGAUAAGUACUGGCGAUGCGUGAACGGCGAGGGCAUUCAGUUCACGUGCCAGCCGGGCACCGUAUUCAACACGAAGCUGAAUGUAUGUGAUUGGCCCGAUAGUGCCAACCGGGCGGAAUGUCGCGCUUAACAUAUGUCAAAAUUACUUUAAAGUACAUAUUUAGACAACUGAAUAGAUAUUUAAAUUAAAUGUUACAAAAGAGGUUAAUUUUAUAAUUGUUGUUAUAAAAAAACAAAUAACGAAAUAUUCGAAUUAUAAACGCGUUUUCUUUUUUGUAAUACUAAUGACAUUCAUCAUUAUUUAUUGCCAUAUCAUUAACUCUUCUAUUGUCUUUUUACGUACUUAUAAAGAAAAAAAUCUGAAAUAUAAUGUUUUUUUUUGUGUAUCUUUUAUUUUAUAACGUAAUUGUAAAUAAUUUAAGAUAAACGUCUAAAACAGUUUCAUUCAUAAAUUUCCUUAUAGUAAAAUUAAUUAGGAUUUUGUGUUUGAACUUGUUUUACAUUAUAUUAUCAUUUUUUUAAAUGAAUUAAGUGAAUACUCGAAAUUCGUCGAAAACUGCCGCUGGAUGUAACAAAAUACAAAGUUGCUCAAAAUUUAGUUAUAAGCUGUGCUCUUAGUUAAAUUAUACUAUUUGUGAUAACAUUAUGUUACUGACAAAUACAAUCCAUUCUAAAAAAACGGUUUGAAACCAUUGUUAACGGUUAGAACCAAUUUAAUUGCAUUUAAAUAUACAGUACUUUGUCAGUAAUAUAAUGUUUCUAUCGCAUUAUUUAUUGUAACGAAUGAAGCUAUUAAAACAUUAAAAUAUA